AACAUGGAUCACCAAACACAUCGAUCCAUUCCUUUCAAGAAACAAGAAAGACAACACCAACAAACUAGCUAGCUCGCCAAUGGCCUCGUUGUACUCCUUCCGGCUCGCCGUGGCAGUGGCGGCAUUGUUGGUCGUUGGCUCAUGCGCCACUGAGGUCGCCUUCAAGGUCGGUGAGGGCUCUAGCGGAAAAAGUCUAGAGCUCGUCACCAACGUCGCCAUCUCUGAGGUGGAGAUCAAGGAGAAGGGCGGCAAGGACUGGGUGGCGCUCAAGGAGUCGUCGACUAACACCUGGUCGCUCAAGAGUGAGGCGGCACUCAAGGGCCCCUUCUCCGUCCGCUUCCUUGUCAAGAACGGCGGCUACCGUGUCGUCGAUGACGUCAUCCCCGAAAGCUUUACGGCUGGCUCUGAAUAUAAGAGUGGCAUCAACAUCUAAGUGAUAGACAUGUGUGCUUUUUUUUUUGAAAUAAUUCUUAACCUCUCUAUAAUCCUUUUUUUUUCAAAAGAGAGAUCAAGUCUGCAUUCGGGGAAGCCAAAAAUUAAGUUUCUAUGGUUAUUUUGUGAAAUAUGCCAUCAACAAAAUAAAGCAUUCCAUAUGCCAUGUCCGCAUGUUGCUGCAGAGGUAUAUAUCCAGACGAUUUUGAGUAUAUUACUGUAACAUGCUGAAAAUUAGAUAUUUUCUAAUUAUGUA